UGCUCUUUGUGUUUCUGGACUGUUUUUCUUAAUCUCUGCCAUCACUCUGUGUCCAGGGUUAUCUUUUUCGUGGAUCCUGGCCUGUAGUAUCUGCUUCUGGCUUCUGCCUUUCAAUAUCUACUCAAAAACAGACAAAUGUUGGGCUAGGAAAAUAUAUUUGUUUGAUUAGCUGUGCAGUUUGUAUUAUAUAAAGCUCACCACAGUAAAUUACAUUACAAGUGAUUUAAGGCAAUACUUUUAAGUGGAAGACCCAUACUGUUACACGUUAUUCAAAUAUUUUUCCUAUUUGUUUAUGUUGUGCAGCUUCCAUGUGGUUUUCCAUGCUUUGCUUUGUGUGCUUUGAUAAGUAUGAGAUAUAUUUGAAUGUUCCUAACUAGAAUUGUACAUAUCAGAGAAGCUAAACAGGAACAAAAACCUCCAUUACUUUUCACAGAAUGCUUCAACAAUAUCAAUACUUGCUUUUCAGUUGUAGGCACAAUAUUAAAUACAUACCUGUAUCUCCCAGACAAUUUUCCAUUAUCUGUAAUGUGAUCCUUUUAGGUGUGUGUAUGUUGUUUAGGAGAAGUAUUCAAGCCACUGCCCCUGUUUUGCCCUCUCUGGAUAUGACUGACUCACUUAUUUGAAAAAUCUUUUUAAUUCUUUUAUUUGCAAAAAUAACAAUGAGACAGGCACCCCUGUCUCAUGUUGUUCCCUUUUCCCUGAGCUGGCCACAUUAAUGAUAUUAGUUGAGAGAGAAAAAAAAAAGUACUUUCCCCCAAAAAAUACUUCGGUCACUGAGGUUGGAGAGGUUUUGUUCAUCUCAACUCAACUCAACUCAACUUUAUUUAUAGAGCACUUUAAAUACAACCAAAGCUGACACAAAGUGCUGUACAUAAUAACAUAAAACACAUAUCCACAAUAAAUAGUUGUUUUAAAAUAUAAUAAAUAAAUAAAAAAAAAGCAAUAAAACAAAUGCUGUCACAUGCAGGAUCAAAAGCCAGAGAAUAAAAGUGGGUUUUUAGACGGAUUUAAAUAAUUCAAAAUUAUGUAUCCCUGUUUUUAGUAGAUACCUCAUUGUUGAAAUAAAAAUAAUAAUAAUAAUAAUAAUAAUAAUAAUAAUAAUAAUAAUAAUAAUAAUAAUCAUCAUCAUCAUCAUCAUCAUCAUCAUCAUCAUCAUCUUAGAUCUCAGACCGUUUUUUAACUACCCUUGAUAUGUGUAAAUAGUGAUAAAAUAGUGGCAAUGUAGUUUUAGUUCCUAUCUAUCUAUCUAUCUAUGUUUGUAUUAUCUGUCAUUUAUAUCUUUUACUUGUGUUUUUAUUAAUCACUUGCAUUUCAAAGUGAUAUAUCCCAAUAAACAAUUCAUCAUAAACACCAUUCUAUUGUACUUAUUAUGUUUCGAGCUGAAUUUUACAUCCAUAGUCGUACAUUUGCCAUAGGAAAGUCCUGCUUUUGACGGGGGGGAAGCAAUACAUCGAAGUAAAUAGUUCAACUGAAAACGUCCUUGUUCAUGGUUUAUAUUUUGUUUUGUUUUUUAAAUUUCCUUUAUCAGUGAGGUACCAUUUAACGCAUAGCUUGGAUUUAUUUAACUACACUGCUAAAUUUUAGCAUGUCACUGUUUUUACGUUGAAUAGAAUUUAUGAAAAAAUAAAAAUAAUUUAAAAAAAAUCUCCCGUACACAAACCUUUAUUAUGCCUGCAUGAAUUGUGAGACGGAGGAGCGGGGUCCUCACUGGGUCCUUCAGGCGCUGCGGCCUGUUCUCCGGUUCUCUUCUCUGAUUGGUCAAUUACCCGUUUGGUUCGAAUGACAAGCAAAAUAGAGACGGACUGAGUGAGUGAGUGUGGGGAGAAGAAAAAGAAGAAGAGCAGCACCGUCCACCGAGCGUAACACACAAACCGCAGACAUGUCUGAAGAGCGAUCCGAAAGAUCCGAUGGGAAAAUCGUGAAGAUGGAGAUCGACUACAGUUCAACUGUAGACCAGCGUCUCCCAGAAUGCGAGAAAAUGGCCAAAGUGAGUGGAGUCUGAAAGAGGCCAGAGCCGGCUGAGUCAUGGUGCACUCUUGGUUAGCUUACAAGCUAGCAUUGACACUUUAGCACUACCCGGAAACCUCUCAUAUGUAAUGUAUUUAACGUAGCUUAUUAGUUAACGUUUGAAUGAAUUGCAAAUGCUAUUUUUGCUCCAUUUCCUUACCUAUACCUCUGUUAUAUCAACUUAGCUCGCUCGCUAGCUUCUGUGUCGUCUUAGCUGUUCAGUCAUUGGUAGCAUCUUCAGGUCCCAAUCCAGCGAUGUUAAGUCACUAUAGAAGUAAAAUUGUUAUUUAUGAGUUUUUGACCGCAAGUAAUGCAAAGUUUUUUUUCCUGACAUGGUAGGAAGGAAAGCUGCAAGAGGCCAUUGAGAGCUUGUUGUCACUGGAGAAACAAACCCGGACGGUAAGCUGCAAUUUAUGAAGUUGUUUUUAUAUAUAUAAAAACAGUCUGUUUACGUCCCUCUGGCUAUAAAAGGUCCUGCCCACGUCCGUGACAGUCAUUUAAUUCGUUGUACAAAAUGAGAUGACUCCUCCCAAAAUUAAAGGGAUAUUCCGGUGUGAAGUUAGUUUAAGGUCAAGCACACCGUAACAGCGAGUAAGACACCCCCUCAAGAGAUGAAUGUCGCUGACUGCUUGCUUCUCUAGUUUUACCAACUUUAGUAACAACCGCAUGAUAGCAAUACACAGCAGUCUGAGCAGCCAUAAACAAAACUCAACCAAAAAGCCACUCUAUAGCCACAUAUAAUACUCAGAACAGCACUUAACUUCAUCAACAGUACAUAUAGGGUCCCAGCCACAGCACUAGCCAUCAAACAUCUUUUUAGCUUUGCCUAAUUUCUUUAGCAAAGAGACUAAACACAACUCACCUACUCUUCUCCAGCAGGCGCUUGUUUGUGCAGAGACCUCAGACCAGUCCAUUACGGACUGCUGCGGGGUGACACAGCUCAAGGAAGAACAUUUAUGAUUAUUUCCUCUUGGACAUGCAAUCAGACCGAGUCACUAAGGCAGAAGAACUACGGCGUCUGCAGUGCAAAACGAUUAAUAUGGUGAUUAUUACUUCAAGGAAAUGAUAAAGGAAUGAUCAUAAAUGUUCCUUGAGCUUCCUUGAGCUGCGUCACCCCCGUAAUGGGCUGGCCCGAAGUCUUGCUAACAGCAGAUCAAAAUCUAAGAAUUGUAAAUACUUUGAUUUUUGAAAGCAUGGAACAGAUAAUCCUGAUGGAACAGUGAAUUUGAGAUUAUACCCGUGUGCAUGAUAUUCUACUCUGUGUUUUAAUUGCUAUCUAUUUCUGCACAGGCAUCAGAUAUGGUGUCCACCUCCAGAAUCCUUGUGGCUGUAGUCCAAAUAUGCUAUGAGGCCAAGGAUUGGGAUGCUCUGAAUGAAAACAUCAUGUUGCUCUCUAAAAGGAGAAGUCAACUGAAACAGGUGAGACAAACCCCAGAUGGCAAUCUCUUCCAGUUGUGUUCAAGCAUAUUGUGAAAAAUCCCACACGUUGAUAAUACAUUUUUCUGAACCUUAAGGUAGUUUAUCUUUCAGUUGAUAUUGGAUUGCUGUGACCAAAGUGUUUCUUGCAAUGUUUUCUCAGGCUGUUGCCAAAAUGGUGCAAGAGUGCUACAAGUAUGUGGAUGCUGUGACUGAUUUGACCAUCAAGUUGAGGCUUAUCGACACUCUUCGCACUGUGACUGCUGGCAAGGUAAGGAACAUUCAUGGUGACUAGUGUUACCUCCCUGAAUAGAGAUGCAGACAAUGUGGUGGGUAAAAGAAAAACAUGCAGCAAAGUUGUGUUCUUAAAAAUAUUUUUUUCCUCACAGAUCUAUGUGGAGAUUGAGCGAGCCAGGCUGACAAAGACCUUGGCAGGAAUCAAGGAGCAGAGUGGAGAGGUUAAAGAGGCAGCUUCCAUCCUUCAGGAGCUGCAGGUAAAAGCCUUAUAGCUCUUAUAUAUCAUCUAUGUUAUCAGAGUAAGUGUAUUUGUGUUCGUCAUGCCGAAAAGUGUUGUUUGUGAGGUACCAAGGAUGUGUACUUUUUUCUGCUUAGGUGGAGACAUAUGGCUCCAUGGAGAAAAAGGAGAAAGUGGAAUUUAUUUUGGAACAGAUGAGGCUUUGCAUCGCAGUCAAGGAUUACAUCCGCACCCAGAUCAUCAGCAAGAAGAUCAACACCAAAUUCUUCACAGAGGAGGGCACAGAGGUGAGUAAGAGGCUAAAAAAAUAAGCUCAAAUAAGCAGCUCUCGUAUUGCAUCUUUAUCAGUGAAUCUGAGCAGACAAGGGUCAGUGUUAUUGAGUGUAACAUUUCCCCUUUUUAUGAAAUGAACAACGCAGGAGUCAAAGCUCAAAUACUACAACCUGAUGAUUCAAGUGGACCAGCAUGAGGGUUCCUACCUGUCUAUAUGCAAACACUACCGGGCCAUCUAUGACACCCCCUGCAUCUUGGAGGACAGCAGCAAGUGGCAACAGGUACACAGGCUUUUUUUCCACAGAUUGUCAGCCACAAAUCUGGUUUAUGAAAUAAAGAAAACUGAUGUCUUCCCCUUGCCAGUUAUAAAGUGUUAUUGGAAGGAGUUUCCACAUCUCUAAUUACAUUCCCAUUAGUGAUUAAGUACUUAAAAAAAAUCUUGUGAGGCACAGCAGCUCACUGCACUGCGUUUUCAACCUCGUGUAAGACCAAUAAGUGGUUUUUAUUUUGUGUUUUCUGUUUUAUUCUUGUAUAACUCAUUAUUUGACUAGAAAUUCCUAUGAUUUCAAAAGAAUGAUUUCUUUAAAGAAGACUUGGCCAAGAUAUCAAAGCAUCAUUAAAAAGCUUUGAUUCCUAUUGAAGAUGCAUGUCAAAGACGUACAAGGUACAAUAUAAAAUAAUUUUAUUGAAAUCUAGAUGUAAAACGGUUAUUUUUACAUGACCACACUGGGGGUCAGCACAUACCCAGAACCAAAACAAUGACAAAAACCAUAACAGAACUCAUUCUAAAAUUGAUGCUAUGUGAGAUUUUACCUCAUAAACCAUAAAUGUUUGUGUUUCAGGCCCUGAAGAGUGUGGUUCUGUACGUGAUUCUCUCCCCUUACGACAACGAGCAGUCGGACCUUGUACACAGAAUCAGUGCUGACAAGAGACUGGAAGAAAUUCCCAAAUACAAGUAAGACAUAUUCUGCUUUCUUCUAUUUGUGGGCUUCACAUUAGAUACAGAUAACUUUACAGAAUUUUAUUAAAUUUGGACCCAAUUUAGAAUUACAAUCCUAUUUGUUGGCAUUUUAAAGCCAUUAACAACCCCAAGUUUAGAAACAAAUGUUGAUCUUUAAAAGUGAAGACAUUUGAACGAAGAAUCGUCUGUACAACGUAGCUGCAAUUCUUUGUGUUUGCAUACAAAUAUAUGAAGAAGAAAUCAGCUGUUUUUUUACACCCAAGGAAUUCAAGAUGGUGUAGUUUUUUCUGUGUUUGCUGCAAAGGCUAGUGUGAAACAAAAUUUUAAAAUGAAGAAAUGAUAGCGUUAUUGGUUUGAGAGAUAUGGGAAUCACCUGGUUUUAUCCAGUGUUCCAGAUUAACAAUGAGAAGGUGACCCAUGAGAGGAUGUUAGUUUGAGUUCAGCUUAGAUACAACCUACCAUUUUUAAAAGCAGUGAGCCAACUUGGCUGUUUGUGUUCAUUUGAGGCAAAGAUACUUAAAAGUAGUGUCAUACAUGUCGAAUAGUGGACAGCAGCACAGAUGUGCUUGUGGAAAGAAGCCACAAGCUGGAAGCAAACCUUAUGAGGUAGACCACUAUGCCAAUGGUGCCCUAUCAUCUUUCAUCAUCCCCAUCUACACCCCAGAUUACUAUAUACUGACUAGGACUGGGCAUUUUGGCAAAAAAAAAAACAAGCAAUGAAUUCGAUAUACAGUAUAUUGUCAUAUCGUCCGAUCUCAAUUUUUUUUAAGCUGCCCGCUUUAAAGUCUCUGCACUAAAAACUAAAGAAACUAGAGAUUAGUUCAACAUUUUAUUAACAUACAAAGUAGAUAACAAAGCAAGCGUUACGUUCGGCCAUUCUCUUUGCUUCCCCUGUUCACUUCUCUGGCAAAAUCGAGCAGGAAAAGCUUGAUUCUGAUUGGCUGUUGUCACGCACAUUUCCGCUAUGUUUGAUCGAAUAAAUAAGCGCACAGCUGAUCACUGUGAUUGAACUGAAAUUUAUCACGAUCAUAUAAUUGCCUAGUCCUAAUACUGACUUCAUAGAGACACACUCUACUCCUACAAGUAACUACAAAAGAAUUUUGACCACAGUUCUCCUUCCUUUCUUCCCAGGGACCUCCUGAAACAGUUCACCACUAUGGAGCUGAUGCGCUGGGCCUCCCUGGUGGAGGAUUAUGGGAAAGAGCUGAGAGAGGGCUCCCCUGACAGCCCUGCUACAGAUGUCUUCUCUUAUUCAGAAGAGGCGCAGAAAAGGUGGAAGGAUCUGAAGAACAGAGUGGUGGAGCAUGUAAGUCUCAAGUUGUUCUCUUUUUAUAACAAAUCCAGAUAGCUUUAGUGUGGUUUUGUAAAUCCUUGGCUUAAAACAUCUAUUGAAAAAUUUGUAUUCCCAAAGGGUUUGGACUAAGCUAGGAAUUGCAAACUAAAGGGUUAAGCUAUUGUAUUUGUUAUGUGGUUGGACACAAUAGCAAAAAACAGUGCGAAUUAGACCAAAGAGAAUGGAAAGUUAAAAGUAGUGAUAUAAUUCAAAUUGGAGUACGUACGUGGUGUGAGGGUAGGCAGAAGGUCAGGUCAAGAGCAGGUCAUGUUCAGAGAUUUGGCAGAGUUUUCUAAUAUUUUAUAUUUUCUAAUAUUUUUUAGUGACGUUUUUGAUGGGCAGUUAAGAUCCUCAGCUGAUUAAACACUCAUAUAAAAAGCAUUAGGCCUUUAACAUCAGGUACAUAUUAGGGAUGGGUGCUAAAUUUUCAUUCAUGAUUCAUCAUCAGAAAAAUCCUCCACGCUAAAUAUUUGCGAUUUCGUGAUAAAUGCAAUGAAUUCAAUUGAUGACGUAAGUGAGACAUUUAAGGGAUUUCCUAUAACAUUGGGGCUUAGACGAGUGCAGUUAGGUAUGCUUGACAAUGGACAGUGGAUCUGCUGCAGCGGUUCACUUUGUGCAAUAAGAGUUUUGAGUAAAUGUUGAAAGUGUUUUCACAUUUCAGACUUGUUUGAUGCUACUAGUUUUCUCCAUAACCUACCACUUAAACUUGUGGUUGUAUAUCUUAUUUGACUAUACCAACUGGUAAGUGCCAUCCAAGAACAUGUUUUUAAGACAGAAUGAGCCAAACACAUGGAUUGAAAUGAUAUUAUUUGUUAUUAGAACUUUUAUCCUUAUGGCCAAAAUGGCAUAUUGUGAUACAUUUUUUAGCCAAUAUUGCCCAUCCCUAGUACAUAUACAUUUCAAGUCUAGAAAUCAGAUUUCUGGCCACAUGCCAGUGUCACACAAUCUCUGUGUCUUUGUUAACUUGGAGGGAUCUCUGUCAUGCCUGGGCGUCCUUAAUAAGCUGGUAUUUGUGUGUUUUGCUAUGGUUUUUGUCAGUUCUCUGUGGAGGAGUAUGUUCUGAUCCUCAAUCCAACUGAGAAAUAUGUUUUAAUAGAAAAGUGAUUUGCUUGGCAUACCCUCAGAAUUUAAUUUACAUCACAUCAGCAAAACUGUUAAAGCAACAUGUAGAAAUGAAAUGAUGUUAAAGCUCUGCAGAUUCAGCAGCUUAACAGUCAGCCUGUAAUGUGCAAUAAUAACGUACACUCACUCAAACCAGAGUGCUAAUGGAUUGGUUGUUGUGAAUAUUCUUUUCAGCUGUAGGCAUCAGUGUGACCCAAAAGCUCUUAUUCUUUGAACUGUGAAAUAAUGUAUGCAAAUAUACGACUGCAGACAAGUACAUUAAUGAAUUUCUCCCUGUUUCCUCAGAACAUCAGAAUAAUGGCCAAGUAUUACACCAGAAUCACAAUGAAGAGGAUGGCCGGACUCCUUGACCUCUCUGUUGAUGUAAGCAGCUAUUUUAGUAAUUAGCUCAUCAAGACCAAAGCUCACAUUGACGGCACAGAAGAUGCACAUUGUGGGACUAAUAAAGGAAUACCUUACUUAUCUCUUAUCUUACCAAAAAGCUAUGUCCAGAAUUGUUUACAUUUUGAGUUGGACAUGUGUGUAGAUAUAUCAGCACUAGUUAAAAGCAGUGAUUUGGAUAAGUUUUGGUCACUGAUGACUGACAUGCUUCAUUAUAUGCCAGUGAAUAGCUAUUAUUUGACCCUGUAAUAACUUAAUAUAAAAUCUGAUUUGUUUGUGUAACUAUUGCAUGAUGUUUCAUUUAAGAUAUAUCUGAUCAAUAAUUUCAUUUUGAGCAUCUAAAGAAGAUAGACAUAACUGGAAACAGCUUAAAAUGAAUACCAAACUUUGUAAUUAUAUAAAACUACUUAAAAAAAAUUGGGGAAAAAAAAAACAAACAAAAAAACGCUUAUUAAGUCUUGCUAAUUCUUUUACUAGGAAUCCGAGGAGUUUCUCUCAAGUCUAGUGGUGAACAAGACCAUCUACGCCAAGGUCGACAGGCUGGCUGGCAUCAUCAACUUUCAGAGGCCUAAAGACCCCAACGACCUGCUCAACGACUGGUCGCACAAACUCAACUCUCUUAUGUCUCUGGUCAACAAGACCACCCAUCUCAUCGCCAAGGAAGAGAUGAUCCACAAUCUGCAGUGAACCAAUGACACAGGGCUGUAUCUUAUACUGUGGUCCGUAUUUGUUUAUUGGUUUUCCAUCAGUGGGAAUGUUAUCGAAUAUAUAGUAUAUUGAUGGACUGUGACAUCAAAAUAUUUGCAGCACAUAAACAGCCCCCUUACUUCGUUCAUUUUGUACCAUCCAGUUAAACAUUGAUAAUAAAGACAUGAGCACCCUUCCCCUCUGAAUCCCUCUGUCAGAGUCAUGAAAGACUGGAUCACCGAAUAUAUUUGCCUUUUGCUGUUUGUUAGAUUAUAUACAGUCUUUUAUCGCUGUAUGAAAAUGGUUACAACUCUUUAAAUUGUGAACAAUAAAUCAUCACAUUUGGUUAACA